GUCUUGGAACAAAACAUUUUAUAAAAUAGGUGAUUUAUCCGGUGACACGCUGAUUACAAGAUUUUUUGCGGCUCCCAUGGGGACACAGUGGUCAAGAAACAAGAGUCCGACUGAUCAUAUGGUCACCUGAUUGCCCCAAUCCUCCAUUCAAUCACCAUGGCCGCGUCUGCUACUACUUCUGCUUCUCAUUUCCUUCGUCCUCUUCAUCAAUUACAAUUCCCUAAAUUUCCUUCUACUUCUGCUACUCAGCUGUUUUCGGAAUCCCAGUUUCGCCCUCAGUUACUCCGCUCCCAAACCCAAAGGUUCACCAUUCGCGCCACCGCCGCUGUUGCCUUGGAGUCGGAUUUAAGUACGCAUAAGGAUCAGGAAAAGGAAGCACAAGUGGACUUAUUUGCGUGCCCAAUAUGCUACGAACCAUUGAUAAGAAAAGGUCCUGUUGGUCUUAACUUGUCAGCAAUCUACAGGUCUGGUUUCAAGUGUAAGAGAUGUCAAAAAUCGUACACUAGCAAAGACGGAUAUUUGGAUCUGACACUGACUUCUGGAUUGAAAGAUUACACAGAAGUUCAACCAGUUCGGACAGAGCUUUUUAGGAGUCCCCUUGUUUCAUUCUUAUAUGAAAGAGGUUGGCGUCAGAAUUUCCGACAAAGUGGCUUUCCUGGCCCUGAUGAAGAGUUCAGAAUGGCUCAAGAAUAUUUUGAACCUGCUAAAGGUGGUCUGGUUGUCGAUAUUAGCUGUGGAAGUGGUUUAUUUUCCCGAAAAUUUGCCAAAUCUGGAACCUAUUCUGGAGUCAUUGCACUAGACUUUUCUGAAAAUAUGCUUCGCCAAUGCAAUGAUUUCAUUAAGAAAGACGCAACACUCUCAACAACUAAUAUCGCCCUUGUAAGGGCAGAUGUUUCCAGGCUUCCUUUCGCAUCAGGUUCGGUUGACGCUAUUCAUGCUGGUGCAGCUUUGCAUUGCUGGCCAUCUCCCUCCAAUGCUGUUGCUGAAAUCACCCGUGUACUGAGAAGUGGUGGAGUAUUUGUCGGAACCACUUUUCUUCGUUAUACUUCAUCAACUCCUUGGUUUGUACGCCCCUUCAGAGAGAGGACUUCUCAAGGCUAUGGCUACUUAACAGAAGAAGAGAUCAAAGACCUUUGCACUUCAUGUGGACUUACAAAUUACUCAUGCAAAAUUCAGAAGUCUUUUAUUAUGUUUACUGCUCAGAAGGCUUAAAACUGGAUUUGAUCCAUUUAUAACAUUGAUUCUCCUACAUUAUAUUGUUGAAAUCUGUAUUUGUUGUAUAAUUCGGUUUAUCCGUAAAGAAAUUGUAAAUAAUACCACAAAUGAAAUGAUGAAAAUAUCUGCCUCUGGUAGGGAGGAUCACAAUUGUUAGUAAAGCUCUUCCUCUAGAGAUUUAACUCUAGUUUAUGUUCAA